AUGGUAAAGGUGGAGUGGAGGAAUCUGGGUAAGGAUCAGUUCACUAAUAAGUUGAAGGCCUUGACAACACCGUUGAGGAAAUGGCAUAAGGACAAUUUUGGGGACAUGGACAAGAGAAUAAAGCAGUUUGAGGAAGAGAUUAAGAAGAUUGAUGAUAUGGUUAUUGCUGGCAGGUAUGACGGAACAGUAGAGGCUAGACGGAAGGCUCUUGUGACUUGUUGUGCGAAGUGGUAUGCCAGAAAGGAGAUUCAUUGGAAGCAGAUGUCUCGAUUCCAACAUGCUAGAGAUAUGGACAAAAACACUAGAUACUUCCAUAACCUAGCGUCGGCUAGAAGGAAGAAUAACAGGAUUGAUUCUCUGGUAAUCAAUGGUAGAUUAGUGAGGAACCAGUCCAGAAUAAAGGGUGCAAUUACGGGAUUUUAUAAAGAUCUGUAUCGACGGGAAUUGGCUCCUACGAUUGGGAUCUGUGAUGGUUUGGUUAAGCAGAUUGAGGACGAGGAAGCAGCAAUGCUAGAGACAAUGCCAUCGCCUGAGGAAAUACGAGAGGCAGUCUGGGAUUGUGAGUCCAGUAAUGCACCAGGUAGUGAUGGGUACAAUAUGAAUUUCAUAAAGAAAUGUUGGGGUGAGAUUGGCCAGGAGUUUACUACAGCUGUAUUGGAUUUCUUUCAAAGUGCGAAGCUACCAACGGAUGCUAAUGUAACAUGGGUGACACUAGCUCCAAAAUUUAUGGGAGCUAAGGAAAUCAAAGACCUGAGGCUUAUUAGCAUGGUUGGUUGUGUCUAUAAGGUGAUAUCAAAAGUUUUGGUGAGAAGAAUGCGAUCAGUGGUGCCAGGUUUAGUGGGGAAAACUCAAUCUGCGUUUGUAAAGGGUUGUAAAAUACACGAUGGGGCACUCAUAGCAUGUGAGACGGUCCAAUGGCUGAAGGUACGCAAGAAGCAGGCAGCAAUUAUCAAAUUGGACUUUCAGAAAGCGUACGACAGGGUGAGAUGGAGUUUUGUAGAUAUUGUGCUGCAGAAGAUGGGUUUUAGUCUUAGAUGGAGGACAUGGGUAAAGGAAUAUGUGACUACAGCGUCUAUGUCGGUGUUCAUCAAUGGGUCACCAUCUAAGCCGUUCAGGAUGAAAAGAGGUCUUAGACAAAGAGACCCUCUCUCUCCCUUUCUGUUUGUUCUUGUCGUUGAUGUACUGCACAAGAUGGUGGGUGAGGCAGUCAAGAAUGGACGUAUUUCUCCACUGUUGGUAGGAAGAGACAACAUAGAGUUGUUGCAUCUCCAAUUUUCAGAUGACACAAUCUUAUUUUGCCCCCAGGAAACAGAGAUAAUAGUGAAUUAUAAGAGACUACUGCAUUGUUUUAAGUUGAUGUCUGGCUUGAGCAUUAACUUUGAGAAGUCCAUUUUGAUCUCGAUUAACUGUGAACAGGAAUGGGUGACAAAUAUGUGUGGUUUGUUGGGAUGUGCGGAAGCCACUCUUCCUGUCAGGUACUUAUGUAUUUCCCUAGAUGCAAACCCUCACCUGGUGAAGACUUGGAAAUCGAUCAUAGACAAGGUGGAAGACAAGCUUAGCUUAUGGAAAGCGAAGUCUCUCAAUAAAGCUGGUAAGUUGGUCCUCAUAAAAUCUGUUCUUAAUAGCUUGACGGUGUACUACUUGAGCUUGUACAAGAUGCCAAAGGUAGUUGCAGAAAAGAUAAUUGGGCUACAGAGAAGGUUUUUUGGAGUAAAGAGGGUGGGAAAAAUGACAUUACCAUCAAGAGGUGGCCUGUGGAAGGAUAUUUGCCAACUUAAUAUUAAAGAGCAACAGGUGCUACAGCAAGAGACUCUCUCAAAGGACAUCACAAGCAAUAGUUUCACCAGUACCUUAUGGAGAGGAUUGGUUCCCCCAAGAGUUGAACUGUUUGCACGGUUUGUCUUAGUAGGCAGAGUCAACACUAAAGAGAGGCUCAAUAGACUAGGAAUUAUACAUCAUGGUGAUAAUAUUUGUGUUCUGUGCAAAAAAGAAAUAGAAUUUGUGAAUCAUUUGUUUCUUGGCUGUGAGUUUACAUGGCAGGUGUGGUGCGCUUGGUUGAUGACUGUCGAUAGAUCUUGGGCUGUUCCGAAGACUGUCAAAGAGCUGUUUGAGAGCUGGAUUGAAGCGCCUGGUCGUAAAUCUGAGCAAAAGAAGUGGCUGAUAGGGUUCUUUACGAUUAUCUGGAACAUUUGGUUGGAACGGAAUAGCAGAGUAUUCCGGAACUGCGAGACAGGUGUUGAUGGAAUCAAGAAUGGGUCGUUUGUGAGUUACAAGGAAUGGUGUGGUGUUUCCGUUCAGUUGUUGAUGCAAUGCCGAAGAUGA